UAAGCAUAGGAGAAAGGAGAAAAGUGUAAGAGGUGGAGAUACGAGAUGAGAGGCAUCCAGGGAAAAAGCUGAGUGAUUAGGCAAAGGGAUAAAUUGAUGAUAACACAGAGGCAACUGGAAGAGGGAGGGCGAUACAGAACAACUGAGCGCAAAUCAUCGGAGAGACUUCCACAGGACGUAGAAGAGAGACGGAGAAGACCUCUGUGUGACAUCCUUGUUGUUAUCCAGAGUGAAGUGAGAGGACCAGACCUCAUGGACUGUAAAUUAAUCGCAGACACACCCCAAGACAACCACACUAGAGACUGCCCUGGCACACCGUAGGAAGCCACAGUAUUGUACCUGAGGCCUGUCCUACCCUCCCAUGUUCCCACCUCUACAAUCCAACUCUUCCUUCCCCUCUAUCCUUUCUUCCCUGCCUCCCAUUUCUCCUUCAUACACCCCUACAUCUGCUUCCUCCCCACCCCCCUCUUCUAGACCUCUUCUACCAUCUCUGUCAAUGGCCAUUGGUGCUUCCUCCAACGCACUUGGACUGUGGAUCCUGGCAAGGGCUUACUCCCAUUCUCGCAGACUCCGACGAUCCAGAGCCCAAUUCCUCCUCCUGGCAUCUGGACUGCUUACGACUGAUUUGGCUGGACAUCUCAUCACCGGAUCUUUUGUCCUUUGGCUAUACUCUCAUGGAGGACUUCCAGCAGUUGGGUGCCAGUUUCUUGGUGGUUGCAUGGUGUUUUUUGGUCUUUCUCCACUUCUCCUUGGUUUACUCAUGGCAUGUGAACGCUGUCUUGGGCUGAUGAAGCCACUUUGGCACUCUACUAUGGUGACACAGUUCAGAGCUCGCCUUAGUAUGGUUUUCGCUUGGGCCGUGGCACUUCUGGUGUCCAUGCUUCCUCUGAUGGGGUAUGGAGAAUAUGGACUACAGCCUUCACGAACCUGGUGUUUUCUGCAGGAACCGCCUGGGUUCUGUCUGCUCUUCUCUGGAUUAGGUCUUGGAUCACUAGCUGCUGCCUUGGUGUGUAAUGUUAUGGUUGGAGGAACUCUCCUGAGGGCACGGAUGCUCAGAACCUCCGUGGAGGGUCGAAGGAGGAGGCGACGUGGGGCACGUUCGCAUGACCUGGAGAUGGUGGUGCAACUUUUAGGAAUUACACUUGUCUCGUGUAUUUGCUGGAGUCCCUUGUUGGUUUCUGUGAUGAUGUUACACACUGGCCUAUCUCUUCCACGCUCAGACUGGCUACUUUUCACAGUACGUUUGGCUUCAUGUAACCAGAUCCUGGAUCCUUGGGUCUACAUUCUACUGAGACGGUCUGUGCUCCACCGUCUUUGUGCCAUCUUUGUUCGAGUGUCACGUGUCCGAGGAGGAAAGCUAAACCGUUGGGAUCCCGGAGACUUCCAGAGCUCGGACCGCAGCGAAGUCAGCCAUCUAUAGACUUUAAAACCCUUUUAUGAGACUAGAUCUCUUAAGCAAAACAUUUAACUUGGUUUACGAUAAAAACAUUAUUUUUUGGUACAGGUUGACAUUCAAACAGAAUCCAGUGGCCUAUGAACACGGCAAGCAAAACACAUGCUGGACAGUCCUUUCCAAGCCACGUUAGCAGUAACAAACUAGAGAAAAAAUACUACCUACAGACCUAAUUGCAUCUUAUCCUCAGUGUCCCUUGUGGUCUUAUGCGGAACUGCAGAUACAAGAAUGUGUUUUUUCCUCCCCAAUACAUUUGGGACAAUUGGCUGAUUUGUGCUCUGUACUCAAUUGCCCUCUUCCAGCUUCUCACUGGCAAUGUUAAACAAUGUGAGGGGGAUAUUUUGAAAAUGUAUCAACAAUUAAUAUUCUCAAUGGAAAGGGCAUGUUCUUGUAAGAAAGUGAAAUAAUAAAAAUAUUGCUGCUCAAGGGGACAGCAGAUGCUUUAAAAAUAUCUGACGCAAAUUGGAUUUUCAUGGGCGGAAUAACAAUGCUACAAAACAAGCUUAUGUUAUACAUGGAUGUUGACUCGCGUGACUUCAGCAAGAUGUACCGUUUCUCGAUGCCUCCUUCAUAGCCAAAAGAACACUAACUGUGUUACCCCAAACAGGGUUUAUAUAUGUGUUAUAGAAUUAUACAGAUAACCGUCUCUGUAUUAUUUGCUUUAUUAAGUAUACUGUAAACAAAAAACAAGGGACUUGGUCCACAUGACUUGCCAUGCAUGGUGUGAUGUGGGGUAGCACUCUAUUCUGGAAUUGCAUGUAUGGUCUAUGGUUUUAAGCCCCUAUAGUAAACUUUGGUGUUCA